UUGGAGAGCCGUAGAACUUCGCUGGCGAAUCAGAGCUAGAGCAGGCGCGGCGGAGAGUCGGAAGGCGGCGCUUCUUCGCGGGGAAAACUUGCAGAAUCCGAAACGGGGAUGUGACAAGGAUGCCUGAUGGAGCCCGAUUCCAAGCGACGGAAGACAGCGGAGCCCAGUGGUGCCUCCUCCUGGCAGGUGCGGCCUGUUCUUUCAGAGCGGGAAUCUCAGGGAGUCAGGCUAAUGCCGGUCUAUGCGGCCCCUGUCCUGGAUAAGAAAGAGACGUGUCGCCUGGUGAAAGAGGUCUCUGCUAUCUACCCGUUGAGUGACUACCCUCAUUUGAAACGUAUCCGUGCCAGUCUCUCUGCAGGCAGCCCCCACCCGCUGGAGAUUAUCUUGUGCCUUGCAAGCCUCAAUGGAGAGCAGGCUGGCUUGCAGUCUCUCACUGAGCUCUUUCCCGGUGGCCAAGUAGACCUGUGUGGUUUGGGGAAACCUUUCUUGGCCCAAGUGCCGGCCUGUGCGCCUUUGACUCGUCCCCAGUACGAGGAAGCUGUGUUGCACUGGCCUGUCUCCUUCCAUGAGAACAAGCGGAUCAGCCAAGCUCUGAAGGGCUGUCUUUUUUCUCCCCUGGAAAAGGCCACCAUGCAAAAUCACAUGGAGUUGGCCAUCCAGGCAGCCCGGCAGGGAUCAAGGCAGGGCAUGGAGCCCGUAGGAGCUGCAGUGGUGGACCCAGCCACUGGCCGAGUUCUAGCCGUCGGACACGACUGUAGAGACGGCUCUAACCCGCUUCUCCAUGCUGCAAUGGUCUGCGUUGACCUUGUGGCCCACAGCCAUGGAGGGGGAGCUUAUAGUUACAAAGAUUAUCCUGCUUGCACUUUUCUUCACGUGGACCUCAGUUCCCAUCCUCCUCCUCCUCCUCUUGGGGAUGGCCUUCCAUACAUCUGCACUGGGUUCGACAUGUACUUAACCCGGGAACCGUGCGUGAUGUGUGCCAUGGCGCUGGUGCACUCCCGCAUCCAGCGGGUGUUCUAUGGAACACCGUCCCCUCAUGGGGCCCUGGGCACAGCACACCACAUCCACAGCCGGAGGGACCUCAACCACCGCUAUGAAGUCUUCCGAGGGAUUCUGGAAGAUCAGUGCCAAUGCUUGGCGCUGCUUUCGGUUGAUAAGGAAUCGGCCUGAGAGACUGAGUGGGUGCUUCUGUGGAGGGUGUAUUGUAUUUUUUUUUAACAACAACAAAGAAGAUCUGAACGACAGUUUCGUGUUUGUGGUGAUUAAAAGGUUUUGAGGUCAGCAAAAUGGUAUGGCACCAUAAUGCUUGGUGGACAUAAGCAAGAACUAGGAAAGGAUGGUAGUUUGAUAAUUAACUGCUCUACAGAUAGUCCCAAGUAGAAAGAAGGACUUGCAGAGUGUGGAGGUGGGGGAGGAACCAGCACCAUAAUAAUGAAGUACUAGUAUUCCAGAAUCCUCGAUAUCUUUGCUCCUGGUUGUUCUGGCCCCCUUCCCUCCCCAACAGAGUUUGAUAAAGCAGGAAACAUUAACAGAUUUGUGAAGCAGGCAACUGUCAGGCACUCAAUUCCCCAUGCUGGCUGGGGGAAUUCUGGGAGUUGAAGUCCACACAGCUUCGAGUUGCUCAGGUUGAGGAACACUGCUGUAACCCAUCCACCGUAGUUACGACAAACCUGGUGAUCCAGCAAUUGACAUCGUACAGAGAAAAUCACAUUUCCAGUCCUGUUCUCUCUGUAAUGGGCUUUAAAACUUUGGGGUUUUAGUAGCUAUAAAGCAGAGGUACGUAAACUGGUAGAUCCGUAGCCUGGAGAUGGCUUUGAAAAGUAUGGUUUUCUGUGAUCUUCAAAAGUUGCCCAGUUUUACAAUGCGGUGAGCAAAGGAAGUUGUUAACCACAUGACUGGAAAGAAAUCAUAGUGAUUGAGUAAUUGACUAUGUGCCAUCUAGUUGGCGUUGACUUCCUCUGGGAUGAUAGGUCCCCAUCUUGGCCUUUCCAGUGGUUCACCCAUCGCUGUUGUAACUGAGUCCAUCCACCUUGCUGCUGUUCAUUUCUUCUCUCCUUCCAUCUUUUCCCAGCAUUAGAGCCUUCUCCAAAGAGCUAAGUCUUCAGAUAAGGAUAAUUUGAGCCUGGUCGUUUGUGCCUCUAGUGAGAACUCUAGAUUUAUUUGUUUGAUGAUCCAUCAGUUUAUUUUCUUGGCUGUCCAUGGUAUUCUCAGGAGUCUUCUCCAACACCAAAGUUCAGAAGAUUAAUACUCUUCCUAUCUUGCUUCUUCAGGAUCCAACUUUGCUUCCAUAGGGUGUCACAGGGGCCUGCACAAUUUUGAUCUUUGUAGAUAUAGACACAUUUUGGCAUCAGAAUAUCCUAUUCAAGGUCUUAAUCGCUACCCUACCAAGCACUGGGGUCUGGCAUAUUUCCUGACUGCUUGUUCCUUUAUUGCUGAUGGUCAAUCCUAAAAGGCAGAAGCUAUCCGCCACUUUGAUAUUUUCAUUGUCCAUUCUAAGGCUGGUUGUUCUACCUGAUGUCAUUAGUUUGGUCACCUUUAUGUUUAAUUUUAGUCCCAGUUUUUCACUGUGCUCCUUGACUUUUAUUACUAAAGCUUGCAGAUCCUUUGCAUUUCUGGCUAUUAGAGUAGUGUCAUCAACAGAGAGCAGGUGAUUAAUGUUUCUUCCUCCAGUUUUGAGACCACUCUCAUCUUUUCCCAAUCUAGCUUCCCUUAAUAGAUAUUCUGCUUAUAGGUUGGAUAAAUAAGGGGUGCGUAUGCAGCCUUGUCCUACUCCGUUGCCCACUUGGAGCCAGUCUGUUUCUCUGUGUUCUGUCUGGAGUGUGGCUUCCUGUUCUUAUGAGGUUUCUCAUGAGGACAGUGAGAUGUUCGGGGAUUGGCAGAAACUGAUGAAUUGUUCUCCUGCUUAAUUUCAGUGACCUAGGCCAUACAGCCCAACUACAUUUUCUUCCUUUCUAUUUCCACUUUAGCAUUCCAGUCUCCAACCACAAGCAGUAUAUUGCAUAUUCUGUUAAUUUCAAAUUGAACUUGACUAUAAAGCUCAUCAUCUUCCCCUUCUUCUGCAUCAGCAGUUAGAGAAUAAACUUAGAUAACCAUCAUAUUAAAGCGGCAUUCAUUAAAUCUAAUUGAUAUUAUUUGGUCAUUGACUGCAUUACCCAAGUACUGUUUUUUCUAAAUCCUCCCUGACUAUGAGAGCAACACUGUUCCUUGGUUUUUUGUGUCUUGAGUAGUAAAUAGAAGAUAUUCAUAGUAGAUUAAUUUCAUCUUUCACUGUGUUGAGCUUUCCUGUGUUCGUGCUUCUUACAUUCCAUGUUCCCACUGUGAUUCUGUCUUUGCAGCUUCGGAUUUUCUUUUCCUGCCUGGCAACCUCAGCAAGUAGUCAUACUGAAGGCUUUAAUCCAGCCAUGUCAUAAACACCCUGAGUACUCUGAAAGAUCCUCAGCUCUUUCUCGGUGAUACGUUGAGUGAUACCUGACCUGAGGAGCCCAACAUCCGGCACUAUAUUGUCAAUCAUUUUAUAUUUUCAACCCAUGUAGUUUUCUCUGUAAAAAAUACCGAUCUCCUGUGUAGCGUGGAAUGGUGCCUUUGCCAUUGUCACUGAAGUGAUCAUCUGCCUCUGGCAUCUUCCUACAGGUAGGUCACAAUGAGUGCAAUAGUAAUGCAAUAUUCAAUUUAGUGCAAAUUGUAAGUUGAUACCAGGCCGCAUUUAAUGUGACCCAAAAUUCAGUUAAUGUAAGGCUAGUGUGUGUGUAGUUGUGGUUGUGGUUUUAGAUGCUGCUAAUGGAGAAAAGGAAGAUUCCAUCAGAAAAAAACAAGUUUAAAAAAGAAGAGGCUUGUUCAUAUGUUAGAGCAAAAAUGUGAUGUAAUUGGGCAACGUGAAUAUGGUCAUAGCAAUGCUAUGUGAUGUUGGAAUGCCUGAAUCUAUGGUAGAAUUCUUCUGUUUUUAUUUUGCUUUAACUAGUCUGUGGCUUUGUUGACCAUAAAUUUAAAUUAUGUAUAUUAUUUGAUCCUUAACUGUAAUAUUUCAUUAAUAUACAUAUAAAAAUUAUGUUCAAAAGUUUUCAUUGCCUAUUUCUCCUGAAUAUAAAAAACUGACCCUGAGUUACUUACAAUAAAGGUAAAGAUGCUGUAUUCCA